UCCCCGCAUGUAUGAAGCAUGUUUAACCGUUUGUCUUCCAGUCAGUCUCCUCCCUCAGGUAUCUGUCCCAAUUUUGGCUAUAAAUACAGACUAGAAUUGAGCCAAAAUAUAUAUGCACCUUUCUCUUCAUCAAGAUCCUUCCAAGAAGAUAUCGUCUCUCAGAAGUCAAACUUCAUACGUCCACUGAGCCAGCAGCAUCUUUCCUCCUGAGGGCCCACUCUUCUCUUCUCUGCUUCUAGAAGAUCCAUCAAAUCUGCGUGUCCAGCAUGACUCCUCGGUCUCUCCUCCUGUCCGUCCUGGUUCUCUUGGCUUUCUUCAGCACAGCUUCCUGCUCUCCCAUCACGUGCAACAACCAGUGCUGUCGUUUCGUGGAGGGCUUCCCUGCCAGGCUAAAGAAGCUCGAGGGGAAAUUUUUUAAAAAUAAGACUUCUUUGAGAAAAAGUUGUUUCUUGUGUGUGAGAAAUUACUUUUCCUGCAAGAAACAGUUUGACAUCGAAAACCUCAACUCUACUUACACUCAGAUGCAGAGUAAAGGUCCAUAUAAGGCCAUGAGCGAGCUGGAUGUGCUGUUUAACUACAUUGAGACAUAUCUGGCUUCUAAACGGCAAAGAAACAGAAUGGCCGCUGUUUAAAGACCUGCUGACCCUAAACAAAAUGUGACCUUGUUCAUCUCGGGAAAAAGAAAAUACAGCCUUGACCCUUACACUCUUUUGCAAUGAAUGAGCCAUUAUUUUCAGUGGUAUUAGUGUUGCCACAUUUUGUAGCCUGAUGAUCCAAUGUCUUACUCAUCCUGAGACUUCUGGUUUUGUCCUGAGGACAAGUAUCUGUAGUAAGACCAUAUUGAGUCCUACAUAUGAAGUUACAGCUAAAACUGUCGCUAAUGAAGCUGUGAUAUUUAUUUGUAUCAUAUACAAGAUGUAUGUUUUCUUUUAUUUAUGAUGACCAAUAUUGUAUUGUUGUAGAUUAAUAAAUGACUUGUUGAUA